AUGGAGAUAACCAAUGUCACAGAGUAUGAGGCCAUUGCUAAGGAAAAAUUGCCAAAGAUGGUCUAUGACUACUAUGCUUCUGGUGCAGAGGACCAGUGGACUCUAGCAGAAAACAGAAAUGCAUUCUCAAGAAUUCUGUUUCGACCCCGUAUUCUUAUUGAUGUGAGCAAAAUAGACAUGGCCACCACUGUCUUGGGCUUCAAAAUAUCAAUGCCUAUUAUGAUUGCUCCAACUGCCAUGCAGAAAAUGGCUCAUCCUGAAGGGGAGUAUGCAACAGCAAGAGCUGCAUCAGCUGCUGGGACAAUCAUGACACUGUCCUCAUGGUCUACAUCCAGUGUUGAAGAGGUUGCGUCGACUGGACCUGGCAUCCGCUUUUUCCAGCUCUAUGUGUACAAGAACAGGAAUGUUGUUGCUCAGCUUGUCAGAAGAGCUGAAAGGGCAGGUUUCAAGGCUAUUGCUCUUACUGUUGAUACCCCAAGGUUGGGCCGCAGGGAGGCUGACAUCAAGAACAGAUUUACUCUGCCACCAUUUCUGACAUUGAAGAACUUCGAAGGUUUGGACCUUGGCAAGAUGGACAAGGCUGCUGACUCUGGACUUGCUUCAUAUGUUGCUGGUCAAAUCGAUCGUACUCUGAGCUGGAAGGAUGUGCAGUGGCUGCAGACAAUCACCAAACUGCCAAUUCUAGUGAAGGGUGUACUGACUGCCGAGGAUGCAAGACUUUCAAUUCAAGCUGGAGCAGCAGGGAUUAUCGUGUCGAAUCACGGUGCUCGCCAACUUGACUAUGUCCCUUCCACUAUUAUGGCCUUGGAAGAGGUUGUCAAAGCUGCACAAGGACGAGUUCCAGUGUUCUUGGAUGGUGGUGUAAGGCGUGGAACUGAUGUCUUCAAGGCAUUGGCACUUGGAGCCUCUGGCAUAUUUAUUGGCCGACCAGUGGUCUUUUCACUGGCUUCUGAAGGAGAGGUUGGUGUGAGAAAAGUACUUCAAAUGCUGCGUGAGGAGUUUGAACUUACUAUGGCAUUAAGUGGCUGCCGUUCCCUCAAGGAAAUCACUCGCAACCAUAUUGUAACCGAUUGGGACCUUCCUCGCACUCACCUAGCUCCAAGGUUAUAG